AUGUUCCCGGUGAAGGUGAAAGUGGAGAAAUCAGAGUUGGAGAUGGCCAAGGCCCGGAACCAACUGGAUGCUGUUCUGCAGUGUCUGCUAGAGAAGAGUCAUAUGGACAGGGAGCGUCUGGAUGAGGAACCUGGGAAGACCUCCUCAGACACCCACAACAAGGAUUGUUCCAUCACGGCCACUGGCAAACGGCCAUCUGCCCGAUUCCCGCACCAGCGGCGGAAAAAGAGGAGGGAGAUGGAUGAGGGGCUGGCCGAGGGAGGGCCACAGCGAUCCAACACCUAUGUGAUCAAGCUGUUUGACCGGAGUGUGGACUUGGCUCAGUUCAGUGAGAACACACCACUGUACCCCAUCUGCCGAGCCUGGAUGCGCAACAGCCCCACAGUGCGCGAGCGUGAACGCUCACCCAGCUCGCCGCUGCCCCCCCUGCCUGAGGAUGAGGAGGGUUCCGAGGUCACCAACAGCAAGAGUCGUGACGUGUAUAAGCUGCCUCCACCCACAGCUUCCGGGCCACCUGGAGAUGCCUGCAGAUCCCGAAUUCCAUCCCCAUUGCAGCCUGAGACCCAGGGUACCCCUGAUGAUGAGCCCUCCGAGCCUGAGCCCUCACCCUCCACCCUCAUCUACCGUAACAUGCAGCGCUGGAAACGCAUCCGCCAGAGGUGGAAGGAGGCAUCUCAUCGGAACCAGCUUCGUUACUCAGAAAGCAUGAAGAUCCUACGGGAGAUGUACGAGCGACAGUGA